CCUAAGCCAGUUGCCCCGCAGUGUUUCAGACAAGCAGACAUCAGGUUUUUCUUUUACCAGACAAAAGUAACAAAGAGAACAGAGAGAUGUUGUUUUUCGCUUUUUUCAUUGCUGUACUACCCUGUACUGCCAUAGCAAAUGAAGAACUUAACGACCCAAAUGAUAAAACAAUGAGUCAUUUGGAUUCGAGUCCACGUCCUGAUGCCGGCAUGGGUCUGUCCCAGGAAUCGCCAUCAUCAGCAUGCUGCGGAUCGGAUGAGAUAAAGCAUUCCCUUGCCCAGCUAAUUCAAGAAGAACAGGAGACCAAGGGCUGGUACGGUGAAAUGGUGAAGGUGCUAAAUCAGUUGGUGCAAGACAACAAAGAGGUGGCCAACAGUCAUGCUGAGGUCCUGAACGUUCAGCGGAUCAUCAAGGACCAGGGUGAGCAACAGCUGCAACACAUCCAGAGCAUGGCUCGCCUCCAGAGUCUCCUCGUUGAAAACCACCAGGCACUGCUGCUGCAAGUCUCUCGCAUUGCCACCAUGUUGCAGGAUGCAGCUAAAAGACAGAGCAAAUAAAUGCAUUCCCAACAUAGCCUUCAUUUUAAAAAAUUUGAAUGAUACGCUUUGCUUAUACUAAUAGAAAUAUGCUCUUUAUUAUAACAAAAACAUACACAUAGGUGUUUAAUUUAGUUCGUUUUUAGCUAAAUCUUAAAAAAUAAAUAAUCUGUGGAUGAAACAUUACUCUUUUGAAAGUGUAAUUUUUUUAAUAAAAUGCUCAAUUUUCUUUGUUACGGCUGAUCGAACUUUCACCUUUAUGCAUGUGUUAUGCACCUGUUAAAUGUCUUAUGCAAUGUAUUAUGAUUGUUGGUGUUAAAAUGACAAAUAAACUCAAUUGAUGCAAAUAAAAAAAAAUAGUGGUUACUUUUCGUAUCUCAUAGUGUUUUCAUGUUCAGAGUUAAACAUGAAAAAAAUAGUGACUGCUGUUAUUUCAUGUCUUUGGGGUUUCUCUGCUCUUUGUGUGUCUGAGCAGAGUUUCCCGCACCAGUGAUAAAACUCAACUCAGCCACACUAAAGCAAUCUGAGGUGAUCUGGUCAACUAAAAAGUCCUUCAAUCUGAGCUGUGAUGGACAGAUGGAUGUCAUAUGGAAGACAAGGCUCAGUAGACACCGGAGGCACAUCUCCAAAAAUGUCCUCACUGUCAAAAAGCCCACCGUAGAUCACACAGGAACAUACCAGUGCAGUUACAAGAACCAAACAGACUUGUACUCAGAAGUCCACAUGUAUGUUAAAGAUUCCAUCAAAGCCUUUACUACCCCACAAACCCCAGUAAUAAUAAAAAAUGAAGGUUCCAACUAUUUGCUGGACUGCUUGGUGACAGACCCAACAAGUACAGGGUUCUCACUCCAGAUGACAAAUGGAUCUGUUGUCCCGUCUGAGAUGAAUUAUACUGCGGAUCCCAAACGUGGCAUCCUGAUACGAAAUCUUCAGUCCAGGUACAGCGGAGACUAUGUUUGUACUGUGAGGAUUAAUGGAGUCCAAAAGAUGUCUGAGGUCUUUCAUAUCACUGUCUUUAAAAGAGCUCAAAGGCCACCAUCUGUAUCCCUUGCAGCUGAUCGAUAUGUGCGUAUCAUUGGCGAAAUGCUACGUAUCCCUUGUUACACCAUAAACCAGGACCAUUCGUAUAACGUCACAUGGAGUUCAUCACAAAAGGUAUUUAAGCAUGAAACAAUGGUAGAAGAAGGGUGUGAACAAGUUUGCAUCACUAGUUUUCUGACCAUUCCUCAUGUUAACAUGUCGGACACUGGAAAUUUUACCUGCACGGGCCAGAAUGAGGCAGGAAAACAUAGCGUCACAACAGCCCUCCAAGUUGUAGAUAAACCAUACAUUAAACUUAUACCUAUCCUGGCUGAUGACUACAAGGUAAAUGGAACUACUAUUGAGGUGACCCAGGGGGAAAUGCUUAAAAUUAGCGUGCAAAUUGAGGCAUAUCCGGAAAUCGAAUUGACAUGUUGGAAAACUCCCAACUGUGGGAACACAUCCAACUAUGAGGAAACGCUUCACAGGAUUCAUAAUAGAAAUGAAUAUAUCUCCACAUUCCUGCUGAAAAGAGUUGGAAGACAAGAAUACGGUCACUACACAUUCACUUCCAGGAGUGCCAGUGUUAAUGCCUCAGUUACUUUCACAGUUCAUGUGUACCAGAAACCCAAGGCUGUUAUCAAAUGGAAAAAUGGAAUUGCAACAUGUGUUGCAACUGGUUAUCCCAUACCCAGAAUUCAAUGGUUCCAGUGUGAAAUCGAUAUCAUGGAUGACGGGUGUAGCUACAACCAAACAUCACAUGCAGAGCUACUGGCCACCCAGUCCAUCUCGGAUCGCACAAUAGACUUCAAUCUGGUGGAGGUGGAGAGUGUCUUACCAGUCACCAAUGGAAAUACUAGUUUAACCAUUGAGUGUGUGGCUACAAAUAUUGCUGGAAAAGAUCGUGAUACUAUCACCUUGAGAAAUGUUCUUGGCACUAUAUCAGCAUGGUCAACAGUGUUGAUCACUGUUGUUCUCGUUGGAGCCUUCAGUGUGGUGUCCCUAUUGUUGUUGUUCAUCUACAAGUACAAAGAGACACAGAAGUAUGAAAUACAAUGGAAAAUCAUUGAGGUUAAUAACGAGAACAGUUACAAGUAUAUUGACCCCAAUCAGCUUCCAUACGACAAAAGGCUGGAGUUUCCUCGAAAUAAGCUCAAACUUGGAAAAGUUCUAGGAGCAGGAGCUUUUGGGAAGGUGGUGCAAGCAACUGCUUGCGGGCUUGUGAAUGAUGAAACAAUCACACAGGUGGCAGUGAAAAUGCUCAAACCAAGUGCCUGCUUUGAAGAAAAAGAAGCGCUAAUGUCUGAACUGAAAAUUUUAAGUUAUAUUGGACCACAUGACAACAUAGUAAAUCUUCUGGGAGCAUGUACUCAGGGAGGACCGAUGCUAAUGAUCACAGAGUACUGCUGCCAUGGUGACCUCCUCAACUUCUUGCGUCAAAGAGCUGAAACAUUUGUAAACACUUCUCUUGGUGUUCAAAGUUUACCAGAGAAUUCAACCAUCUACAAGAAUGUGCCAGUUAAAAAGAGCCAGUCUACAGGAAGUAACAGUAUAGUGUACCCUGGCACAGACAGCUACCAGGAUGCACAGUCAACAAAGAUGUCACCAGAUCUUUAUCAGGAAUCCGGUAAAAAAGCAUGGGAGGACCCAGGGGCAUUGGAUAUUAUUGAUUUGUUGAAGUUCUCCUAUCAGGUGGCACAGGGAAUGGAUUUCCUUUCCUCUAAAAAUUGUAUUCACAGAGAUUUGGCUGCAAGGAACGUUCUUGUGACUGACUGUGGCGUUGUCAAGAUAUGUGAUUUUGGACUUGCACGGGACAUCAUGAAUGACUUAAAUUAUGUGGUUAAGGGAAACGCACGACUCCCAGUAAAGUGGAUGUCACCUGAAAGUAUUUUUGAAUGUGUUUACACAGUACAAAGUGAUGUAUGGUCGUAUGGCAUUCUCUUGUGGGAGAUCUAUUCCCUUGGUAUGACUCCUUACCCAAAUGUUGUGGUUGAUACAAAUUUCUACAAGAUGAUUAAAGAUGGUUAUCAGAUGUCACAACCACAUUUUGCACCUCGUGAGAUUUACACAAUUAUGAAAAUGUGCUGGAUCCUCAACCCAACUCUGCGUCCAACCUUUGGCAAGAUCAGAGAGCUUAUUGCAAAGUUGCUGUCAAUGGAAUUCAACAAGCACAGUGAAACUAUGUAUCCAGAGUUUCAGAGGCAGCUGAUGGGAAAACCAUGCAACUCAACCCUGGAGUCAAUUUGCGAAGAAGAGGCGCAGCCUUUAAUGAGGAGCAGUUUGAUCUAGCAUCUGAAAAAAAAACAACUCUUACAGUCAUUUUAAUCUUUUCCCGCAAUUGACAAGUUAAAACGCUUCCAUGCCAAUGCCGUAUUUCCGGUAUUAUCCACCAGGUGGUGCUCUUUCCCAACUUAUAAAACAGAAGUCUCCCCUUAGGGCAAACUCCCUGUAUGUUUUGAGGAUGUUCUGAAUCUGCAGAAAUGCAAUUAUCUCAGCUUUUUGCUCAAAAUUUGGGAUUUGAUCUGUCAUUUGAUAUAUUGUAAGUUUAUAUAUUUAAAGAAGAACAUUUUCUGGAAGGCAUUAAUGCUGGGUCUGGCUGGCAACUUAGAAAAAAAAAAAACGCUGAUGGGGAAAGAGUUAUUUGUAAUGCAGGUCUUGGAAUAGAAGUAGAUUUUGUAUAUACUGCAAUGUAUUGUCUUGCAAUGAUUAUGACACAUUAAAUCAUUUGUCUUUUGAAGAAGAUCCUUAGAUAUUAUAAAAGCUGACACUUCCAAGCAUCAAUGCACAGUAUGUUAUAUUUUACUUUUUCUUGUUGUUUAUUGGUACAUUGUUUUUUUUUAGCUUGUCACUGAUUGUUGAGAGGUUAUUAUUAUCUUGUAUUUUUUAAAAUGUGUUUAUUGAUAUAACUUUGUUCUCCCAUAUUAAUGUAGUAAAUUAAAACAAAAUGAAAUGUAAAUAAAUGUAUAUAGACCUUUUCAAAGCAAGAUUACAGUAAAACAUUUCAGCUAAAUUCAACACAAAGUUUUUUAUAUAACACUUUUCAAAAACAGAAAGGUGCUGUACAGACAAUGCUCAAAAAACAUAAGAGUAACAAUAAAAUAGACACUAAACAACUUUUUAGGCUCUACAAUAUGUCCUUAUUGAUCAUUAAUAAAAUUAUGCUCUUAGUAUGUAAGAAUCCAACCCUAUCUCAAAGCAUUUUGUGGUAUAGUCACAAAAUAUUUGCUUUUUAUGUGUAGGGAAACAAAGAGAAACCAAUAAAUGAAAUGACAUCCUCACCCAAACCCCAAAUCUAACCCCAACCCGAAACAAACAAACAAACAAAACAUAUUUGUGCUGAAAGAGACGAAAAAGACAUUUGUGCUCACUGACACAAUGAAAAGAGGAAAAUCGUGUCCAUGAACACAAAUAAAUCAAAUAUGUUAUGACUAUACCACAAAAUGCCUUAUUGAGUUAAACAAAAUCAAAAGAGGUCAGUGUGUGACCGUAUCACAAGUAUAUAUGUGGAGCUGAAAAAUACCCAGGGGGACGAGUCAAGCCUAUAAAUGGACCCAGGUACACAGUAUAAAAAAGAGUGGUACAUUUUGUUUGUUAAGCUACAGAUCAGAUCUUUAGAUUAAGCUGAUCUGGCUAUUGCUUGUAAAUAUUAUGCAGUGUUUCUUUCUGUUUGUCAUUUUGUCUAUUUGGGACAAAGUCACUAUGAAUCUUUACUCCUUAGCACCAAUAAACACCAAUAAAAU